AUAUCUGUCAGACUGAUACUUUGUUUUUGGCUGAAAUAACGUUUUAUAUAUAUAUUUGUUUUAAAAAGUGUGCGUGCGUGUGUGUGCAUCAUGGCUUUUCUUCACUUGCUGCUGUGCGCCUGGAUGUUAUCAGUGCCGACGCGUGGAGCCUUUUUCAACGGACCUUUACAUCCAGAGAUGUCUAAUGGCAGUUUUCAUCAUUAUUUCGUGCCGGACGGCGACUACGAGGAAAACGACGAUCCGGAGAAAUGUCAAAUGCUUUUUAAGAUGACCGACGAGCGAAAGUGCAGUCUCGACGAGGACCGGGACGCAGUCAUACGGGACGAUUUCACCAUCAUCAAGAGGCAGAUUGAGGACUCUGCAAGGGUGCUGGAGGGGAUCGGGAAAAGCAUCUCGUACGACCUGGACGGAGAGGACAGCUACGGUAAAUACUUGAGGAGGGAGACCGGGCAGAUAAGCGAGGCGUUUACAAACUCCGAGAAAUCUCUGCUGGAGCUGGAGGUGAAAUUCAAGCAGAGCCAGGAAAGCGAGCUGAAGGAGGAGCACCGGCUCAGCGACGACUUUCUGAACAUGGUCGUGCACACCCGAGACGUCCUGAAGGAGACUUUGGACAUUUCUCUGGGACUGAAGGACAAGCAUGAGCUCCUGUCCCUCAUCAUCCGCAGCCACGGCACAAGGCUGAGCAGACUGAAGAAUGAAUACAUGAAGUUUUGAGAGAAAAUAGUCCCUAAAAUGUCUCUUAACAGUCCCUUUUUAUAUGUUUUUUUUGUGUUUAUGGUGUGACUGACCAU